GCAAGAUCUGGUGAUUAGAUUUUAAUAUAAGUGCAAGUAUUAUUUCUUUGUAAACAUCGAAAUCAUUAAUCUAAUCAUGCAUGUCAUUCAGAGUUUGUUUUAUUGCCUUUUAUUUGUGUUUACAUUUCACUACGUAAAAGGCUAUCAGCAUCAUCAUUUCCAUCAUCAUCAUCAUAACAACCACAAUAAUCAUCAACCUGUUGAUGAAAUAGGUUCACCCAUUAGUACAAAAGAAUUAAGAAAAGUUUCAGAAGUAAUUUUUGAACUUCUUCCUUCUGGACUUUUCCCCUCUAUUGAUGUUAAUUACCAAGGACAAAGAGAGACUAAGGAUGCAAAAGAUGAAGCUCCUGAACCUUUGUUUUUUAUACCCUUGGAUUUGUUUGAAGUUUUACCCCCCAUAGAACUGAUGAGAAAAUUGUAUGACAAUUAUAAUUUGAAUUCCCAUUAUCAUGAGCAUGUAACAUUGGAAGAAGAUAUAGAAGAGAACCAGUUUAUUAAUAGUUUACUGGAACAAGAACUCCUAGUGUAUACCAUGGACUUUUUAGCUAGCAAAGGUUACUUUGCAAAAAAUUUUCAUGAAUAUAAAAGGAUACUGAAGGAUUUGUGGUUCCGACGAUUCUCAAGAUUUAAUGAAACUGCUUUGGGUAGCUCUGGCUUUGAGCAUGUUUUCUUAGUAGAAAAGAAACAUAAUAGAUACAUCACAGGUCUUCAUAAUUGGAUAUUUUUUGCUGACGAAGAAAACAGUAACAAAGCAAAUUAUCUUGGAUAUGUUGCCAAAGUAGAUUUACAUAAUAAAGCAGCAAUAUUGAAAUUUUAUGUGUCAUAUCUGGGAAAAACUAAGUUAACAUCAAUGUUUAUUGGAACACCACCAGAAUUUGAAAUAGCUCUAUAUACGCUUUGCCAUUUUGCGAGACCAAAUAAGGUUUGCAAAGUAACUUUAGGUAAUGUUAAAGUAGCUAUUAUGACACAUUCUGAGAGUAUUGACAAUCAACAAGUUAUUAGUACAGCAUUUCCUAAGAUUUACGCUUAAAUUAAAAGUAAUAAUCUAAUUUUGAGACUUGCUCAAAUUAUACAUUUUAGUAGGGGAAAGUUAAACUUUAACAUAAUCUUAUAGUAAAAUUUAUUUACAAUAUACAAAAUAGUUUUAAUCACGAUGGAGUAAUUAAAAAUACUGUAAUCAUAACGUAUUUAUAUAGUUGAGUAGUUUGGUGAUUGUCAUCACGACUUGUCAAAAAAAUUCAAAUUCAUCUUUUACUCUGCCAAAAUUGUUAGUGUUCAGUCUUCGUAUAUAUACUUGGACAAAUUUUUUCUCUAGAUUGUUAUAACUAUAAGAUCUGUUACAACAACUUUUCAUUAUGAAAAGAAAAGUAUUAAUUCUUAAUUAUGAUUAACAUAUAAUACCUAAGUAUUACUAGAUAAUUAUUGCAUAAUAAUAUAAUGAGCCCACUUGACAAAAUCAACUAUAAGACUGGAAAACGUACUUAGAAAAUAAUACAAUUAUGCAUUUUUAAAAGAAUAGAUCCUGAAACUUGUAACGCUGGAUGAUCAGUUAAUUAAUUGUAAUUUGAAUCUCCAACUACAUAGCGAGAAAGCCUUGUUAAUUUUAUGAUAGGCGCUGCUAGCUGUAUCGUAUUGAUGUACAGGUUUGAACGAAGCCUAUGUAACUAAAAAAAAAAGAAUCAUGUGAAAACAUUGACUUGUUUGCAAGAAAAAAAUGAAAUUGAGAAGGAAAAAAGACUUGAUGUACAGUCAAUGAAGUACGUAAAACUUAUGUUGUGAAAAAUAGUGUAUUUUUUUACCACAAUAAAGUAACUUAAAAUGGAAAAAAAAAACAAGCGUCGAGUAUUCUGUCGCUUAUCCGGCUAUAUCAUACGUGCGUGAUUAAAAUUGAUUGAAUAAUUGGGCAAUCGCGAGAGGACGAAUGCGCGCAGCAAAAAAGAUAUAGCCCGACGCUCGCAGUGUAUACGAAGGAGGGAAAAUGAAAAGUGUGCAUCAUCCCUAUGAGUAUAGUUAUUGGCCUCUGACCAGGCGCGUCGCGUG